UUCUCUAUCGAAUUGGGGGAGUUAAAUACCCUAAUAUAAGUUCUGGGUGUAUAUUUUUCAAUAUGUCUCAUUGGAAAAGUGAGGGGGCUUCUAAUAGUGUAUGACCUUCUAUCAAUCCGCACUAAUCCUUCUUUAUCCGCAUUAAUUCUCAAUGUCAGACAUCCUUCCUAACCCGCUCGAAUAAUUUUUAUCCGCCCAAAUAUUUGAGGUUGACCUUUUGGGUCAGUUGACCUCGUGGGUGUUAACCUUUUGGGUUGCUCUCCUCCUUUCAAGAGUAAAUUAAAUUAUCCGAGAUUUUCGAUUUAUUUUCAGUUUAAAAGGAAACAUUUUUUGCCUUGAAAAAAUAUUCCUAAUUAAUUAUUUCAGGUGAUAAAAUGGCAGCUUUAAAAUAUGUACGUGAACUACAAUCUUUUCCUUUUGAGGACUACAAAGAAGAAUUGUCACAUUUGAUGUUUGUUGUAAUUUCAUACCCUCAAAAGGGUCCAUAUGAAUAUUUAUUUCAUUCUGGCCGUUGGUUUGGGUUAGAAGAGGAAUUGGCACAAGCCUUAACUGAUUAUCGAAGUUCCUUGACUGCAAUCCUCUCAGCUGGUGCAAAAACUGUUCCCUCCCUUUUAACAAUGCGUGCAUUUCUUUCUUCAGCCCGUCCAGGAAGCACGUCAACAUUGUCUGAUGAAUUGCCUUGUAAUGUGCCAAUCCCUGAACAAGUUCAUUCUUCUUUUUGUUGUCCAAUAUUAAAAGUGCAGAGCACAGAAACGAAUCCACCUGUUAGACUCUGUUGUGGACACGUAAUAAGUAUGGAUGCAAUGAAUAAAUUGGCACAACAAAGCAGAAAUAAUCGUUUAAAAUGCCCUUAUUGUCCAUUGGAAUCUGUUCUACAAGAAACAAAAGUUUUACAUUUUUGA